GUUUAUUCGACGCCACGAUAACUCGACCUUGAGAGCCUCGUAUGAUCUAACUAGAUGAGUAUUCUAUGUCCAGAAUCGACCAGUACCGAUGAGUGUCUUUUCUUACCCAAAACUGCCCACUCAGGCUUUCCUUUUACUCUGCCUCGUUGUGUGUAUGGCUGUGUCCUGUACACUUCUCGUUCUGUCUCAUCUCUCCACUUCCACUUCCACUUCCACUGUGCCCUCGGUGCGCAUUGUGGAAGUAUGGUAGGUGGUACUCAGCCUCGUUUAGCAAACAACAUCUGAUGACUUUUGGGGGGGGCAACACCAACAUUCACGAACCCUUACUGCGGCUCAGAUCCAGGUAAGGCAAACAUGGGACCUGAAGAAAAGGAUAUAUAAAACCUCUUCGACCCACCGAGGUGGAAAAAGACAUUCUCCCUAUCCCAACAAGUUUCAUCAUCACAAAUCAAUCGAUACAUCCAAAACACUUACAACUAAACCACCACUCUUCAACAACACAACCUCUCGCCUAAACAUCACAACCAUGCUUUCCUUCAAGUCCAGCUACUUCGUCGCCCUCCUUCCUCUCCUGGGCAGUCUCUCCUCCUUCGCUUCAGCCAGUCCCAUCGACACCCGUCAGUCCGGGGUCUCGGUGACUUUCAUCGGCGCCGCCGACGCUCAAUACACGUUGGAGAUUCCUGCCAAUUCGGUCUUUACUCCCACCAACAACGCACUCUCCAUCUCACACAUCCAAACUUCCGCAGGUGGACCUUGCGUCUUUUUCGGCGUCGACGGUGCCGUCUUCGUCGCCCCGGCCGCCGGUGGUUACGGUGACGUCGGCCCCCCACAGACCAUCGCAGGUGGUAUCUGUGGUCCAUUCCCAGGUCAUCAAUAUGGGAUGUGGUAGACCUUUGAAUCCCUGGCGCACCAUGCAAUCGACUUCGAUUCCCUUUUCCUUUGUUGGUACUUUGUCUUUUGGGUAAUAUGCAUAGCGUUCGGUACGGGGUUCGAACUAUCCCAUCGAGGUGAUUUCUCUUUUCUUUGGUAUCUUGCAUGGCGAUGGAGUUUCCGUUUACGAACACAAAUGGUAAAAUACAAGGAUGAAGAUGAAGAUGAAGAUGAUGAAGAUGAUAACCAGGAAGAUGAGAAUGAAAAUAAAGACGAGUAUCAUGUAUUCCACCAUUCCUAAUAUUCAUAUCACCAAUAAUUUCAACAACACA